UUAGGAUGCAACCCCCCGCAACAGCCGUGCCCGCAGCAGCCCCCGCAGGAGCAGAUCCAGCAGCAGCAGCAGUCCUUGCAGCGGCAGCGACCCCAGCAGCAGAGCCCGAAGCAGCAGCGCCCGCGGUAGCUGUGCCCGCAUCAGCAGAGCCCGAAGAGGAGGAGGAGGAGGAGGAGGAAGAGGAGGAGGAGGAGGAGGAGGAGGAGGAGGAGGAGGAGGAGGAGGAGGAGGAGGAGGAGGAGGAGGAGGAGGAGGAGGAGGAGGAGGAGGAGGAGGAGGAGGAGGAGGAGGAGGAGGAGGAGGAGGAGGAGAAGGACGACGACGAAGACGAGGAGGAGGGGGGUGGGAAGGAGGCGGAGGAGGAGGAGGAGGAAGAGGAGGAGGAGGAGGAGGAGGAGGAGGAGGAGGAGGAGGAGGAGGAGGAGGAGGAGGAGGAGGAGGAGGAGGAGGAGGAAGAGGGGGUUGGGCAACACACGGAGGAACAACAAGGGGGAAGGGGGCGGAAACAAGCUCGUGACGGCCGGGCCAGAGGAGAAAAGCGACCGAGGGAGUCGAGGGCGACAGAGAAACCGGCGGAUGGCCGUAGACGACGCCGGGGGGGGGCCUUGGGAGAGGGGGGGGGGGCACAGGCGGGGCAGGAGUGGAUCGGCAGUGGGUGGCGACAGUGAGGAGGUGGAGGAACGUCGGCGUCCAAACACG